GCAAGAGCCUCCUCCUUCCAUUGGAAUACCCGCUUUCUCUCCGCCCCCUUUUGCCGGUUGGGGAAUUUCUGCGACGGUCACCGGAACCGACGUUCGACGAUCACCGGAACCGACGUUCGACGAUCACCAUGUCGCAGUCAUUGGAGUUGUUGCUCAUUCAAUUCUUGAUGCCCGACAAUGAUGCCCGGCGGCAAGCGGAAGAGCAGAUUAAGCGUUUGGCCAAGGAUCCUCAGGUGGUGCCGGCUCUUAUUCAGCACCUUCGCACCGCCAAGACUCCCAACGUCCGUCAGUUGGCUGCGAUAUUGCUCCGGAAGAAGAUCACCGGCCAUUGGGCUAAGCUUUCUCCUCAACUCAAGUUGCUUGUUAAGCAGUCCUUGAUUGAGAGCAUCACUAUGGAGCACAGUCCACCUGUGAGGAGAGCAAGUGCGAAUGUCGUAAGUAUUGUUGCAAAAUAUGCUGUUCCAGCAGGAGAAUGGCCGGACUUGUUGCCUUUCUUGUUCCAAUGUAGUCAGAGUUCCCAGGAAGAUCAUAGAGAAGUGUCUUUGAUUCUAUUCAGCUCCCUGACAGAAACGAUUGGAAAUACUUUCCUACCACAUUUUUCAGAUUUGCAAGCUCUCCUACUUAAGUGCUUGCAGGACGAGACUAGCAGCCGUGUCAGAGUUGCAGCCUUGAAGGCCGUGGGAUCUUUUCUAGAAUUUACUAAUGAUGGAGCAGAAGUGGUCAAAUUCCGGGAGUUCAUUCCCAGCAUUUUAAAUGUUGCCAGGCAGUGCCUUGCCAAUGGUGAGGAGGAUGUUGCAAUAAUAGCUUUUGAAAUAUUUGAUGAACUAAUUGAAUCUCCUGCUCCGCUUCUUGGGGAAUCUGUUAGAUCAAUUGUUCAAUUUUCGCUUGAAGUUUGUUCUAGCCAAAAUUUGGAAUCUAGCACUCGUCAUCAGGCGAUUCAGAUAAUCUCAUGGCUAGCAAAGUACAAGCCCAAUUCCCUAAAAAAGCAGAAAUUGAUUAUCCCUGUUCUACAAGUUAUGUGCCCAUUACUUGCAGAGUCAUCUGAUGGAGAUGGAGAUGAUGAUCUUUCUUCUGAUCGAGCUGCGGCUGAGGUUAUUGAUACAAUGGCCUUAAAUCUCUCGAAGCAUGUUUUCCCUCCUGUGUUUGAAUUUGCUUCUCUUAGUAGUCAAAGUGCAAAUCCAAAGUUCCGUGAAGCUUCUGUGACAGCUUUAGGGGUCAUAUCAGAAGGUUGUACAGAACAUGUAAAGAGUAAGUUAGAACCAGUUCUUCAUAUUGUCCUUGGAGCAUUAAGGGACCCUGAACAAAUGGUAAGAGGGGCAGCAUCUUUUGCCCUGGGUCAAUUUGCUGAGCAUUUGCAGCCAGAAAUAGUGUCACUCUAUGAAAGUGUGCUUCCGUGCAUUUUAAAUGCCCUUGAGGAUAACUCUGAUGAAGUGAAGGAAAAGUCAUACUAUGCAUUGGCUGCAUUUUGUGAGAACAUGGGUGAGGAAAUCCUUCCUUUUCUUGAUCCUUUGAUGGGUAAACUGCUGUCUGCCCUUCAGACAAGCCCCCGGAAUCUGCAGGAAACAUGCAUGUCUGCAAUUGGUUCGGUAGCGGCUGCAGCUGAACAGGCUUUCAUUCCAUACGCCGAGAGAGUGUUGGAGUUAAUGAAAAUAUUUAUGGUUCUUACCAAGGAUGAGGAGCUUUGUUCCCGAGCAAGAGCUACUGAGUUGGUUGGAAUAGUUGCUAUGUCUGUUGGGAGAACCCGGAUGGAUCAGAUUCUACCUCCUUUUAUUGAAGCAGCAAUUUCUGGCUUUGGCUUGGAGUUCAGCGAAUUACGGGAGUACACUCAUGGAUUCUUCAGCAACGUAGCAGAAAUUUUGGAUGAUGGCUUUGUAAAGUAUCUUCCUCAUGUUGUACCCCUUGCAUUCUCUUCUUGCAAUCUCGACGAUGGCUCUGCUGUGGAUGUAGAUGAAUCGGAUGAUGAUAAUGUAAAUGGGUUUGGAGGAGUUUCAUCUGAUGAUGAAGCUCAUGAUGAGCCCAGAGUUCGAAACAUUAGUAUCAGGACAGGGGUGCUGGAUGAAAAGGCAGCCGCAACACAAGCUCUUGGCUUGUUUGCACUGCACACGAAGAGCGCUUAUGCACCUUAUUUGGAGGAAACUCUGAAGAUUUUGGUUCGACAUUCUGGUUAUUUCCAUGAAGAUGUCCGACUUCAAGCAAUCAUUUCUUUGGAACAUAUUCUGAAGGCAGCUUUGGCAAUCUCCCAAAGUUACAACGAGGCAUCAACGAAGGCAAAAGAAAUUUUUGAUACUGUGAUGAAUAUUUAUAUCAAGACCAUGGUUGAAGAUGAUGACAAAGAAGUAGUUGCUCAGACUUGUACAAGCAUGGCUGACAUUAUCAAGGACUACGGUUAUGGUGCAGUGGAACCUUAUAUGCCUAGGCUAGUUGAUGCAACAUUAGUUCUGCUCCGUGAGGAAUCUGCUUGUCAGCAAGUGGAAUCUGAUGGUGAAAUAGAUGAGGAUGAUACUGAACAUGAUGAAGUACUUAUGGAUGCGGUGUCUGAUCUGCUCCCUGCAUUUGCAAAGGCCAUGGGUUCUUAUUUUGCACCUAUUUUUGCAAAGCUAUUUGAACCAUUAAUGAAAUUUUCAAGAGCCUCACGACCUCCUCAAGAUCGAACUAUGGUGGUUGCCUGUCUUGCUGAAGUAGCUCAGGACAUGGGUUCUCCAAUUGCGACCUAUGUUGAUAGAGUAAUGCCUUUGGUUCUCAAAGAAUUGGCAUCAUCAGAGGCAACGAAUAGAAGGAAUGCUGCAUUUUGUGUUGGAGAGUUCUGCAAAAAUGGGGGCGAGUCUACUUUGAAAUAUUAUAAUGACAUAUUUCGUGGGCUCUACCCCUUAUUUGGGGAAUCUGAGUCAGACAAUGCUGUUAGGGAUAACGCAGCUGGUGCAGUCGCAAGAAUGAUAAUGGUGCAUCCUGAAGCUGUCCCAUUGAAUCAGGUUCUCCAAGUUUUUCUGAAAGCUCUACCUUUAAAAGAAGAUCACGAGGAGUCCAUGUCCGUUUAUGGUUGUGUGUCUACUCUUGUUCUGUCAUCCAAUCCUCAGAUCCUUUCCUUGGUUCCGGAGUUGGUUAAUAUCUUUGCUCAUGUCGUGGCGUCUCCCAUCGAAACGUCAGAAGUUAAAGCUCAAGUAGGCAGAGCUUUUUCACAUCUACUUUCAAUCUAUGGCCAACAAAUGCAACCACUUUUGAGUAGUCUUCCCCCUGCACAUGCCAAUGCCUUAGCUGCAUAUGCCCCAAAAGGCUAACAAUCCCUCCAUAUUGCAUUUUCGUCUUGUUUGUUCAACCAGCUUUCUUUCCCAGAUAGGAUCUUAAGAUCUUAAGAUGAAAAGUUCCCCUAUCAGGUCGCUCGUUGGCACUCGGGGUGCCAUUUUUUUCAUUUUCUCCUACUGGAGACAAUACCAAUUUUUGUUUAGAUUCAUUUGUUUUCACAUUAUGGUCUAUUAUAUUUCCCUUCCUCAAUUUCAAUAAUCUAUUUCCAUAGUGUGUUCUUCCUAGUUUAUUGAGUGUGAAGUGAUUUAGAGAAGAGGCAUUUUUGUACUUAUAUUUCUUUUGUGGAUGCGAAUCUUGCAAUGCAUCCGUAGUUUAGUUUAUAGUAAAAGGUUGGUCUGGUUUUUCAUUUGAUUUUAUUCUUCCCCCCAUUUGUGCUUAAAGCAGUGUUUAAAUUUUACCUUUUGAUAUAAAGAAAAUAUAUGGUCGUGCUUUGCUUGUA